GGAGGCGGAGGGAGCACGAAAGAAAGACAGACUGGAAAAUAGUCACUGUGAUGCUAAGUGGGAAAGUGCAGUGCAAGAGCUGUAUGCAUGAGGGUGCAGCACCAGCAGUUCAUGCUUGGUGUGUGAAACUCACUGAGGACUUAAUACAGCUUCUCAUCUAAAUCCUGGGCCAAGACCAAAUGAAUAAUAUAUAGAAAAGUGCUUAAAAGGAGUACAAGCACAUGCAACAAUAGACUUCAUCUAGAGCACAUUGUCAGGAUUAUUGUUAUUAUUUCUCUGCAACAUUCAGUACCAUCAUUCACUCUGGAAUAUAAAGUGUAAGGUGGGAGACAAAAGACAGAGGACCUCCAAUGGGAGUCAGCGCAUCAUCGUUGCAAGUCUUUAUGUAGAGGGGACGGAUUGUCUCCGUUAUCCAGUUACACCAACAGCACGCAGGCUUGGGGACUCCUCCCGGGGGGUGGGUGGGAACUGCAGGAGGAUCCUUUGGAAAUCACCCAAGCCUUGGCUUUUUUUAACCUCCUUCUGUCCCUAUUAGCUGUUGCUGAUUGCUUUUUGGGGCCACCAUCAUAAAAAAGAUAAAGCAAGAUCUGUGUGCUUGGACAAUAUAUUUUCUAAUUCUUAAUCAUUCCUGAAGCCAUCGUAUUCCAGACCUAAUCCUCACAACACCAUGUGCCGGAAAGCCACGAGAGAGAGGUUCCUGAUGCCGACCCUCAGCAUCCUAGCGGCCCUGAUGCUGCACCAGGGACCGACUGAAGCACUCAGGGGAUCCAGAUUAUGCAAGACAGGAUUUCUUGAAGAUGUUUACCAUGCCAGUGUGUACAGGAGCGUACACGAAGGACAGCCCCUCCUAAAUGUGGUGUUUACGGACUGCGGUGCAAAUAGACCAAUACAAUAUGAAACCAGUAACCCUACUGAUUUUCGGAUCGAUGGUGAUGGAGUGAUAUUUGCUUCAAGAACUUUUGACAUUUCACCUGAUCAGACAGAGUUCUUAGUGUACGCGCAAGAUGAAGAAACAAGAGAACUUUGGCAUGUGACUGUAAAAAUCAGUCUAAAAUCACAAAUUGCACAACAUUUACUUCAGGGUUCACAGAAACUUAAAGAAAUAACAUUUUCACCACAAAGUAAGCACAACGGUAUUCUGAGGAGGCAGAAAAGGGAUUGGGUUAUUCCCCCAAUAAAUGUACCAGAAAACUCAAGGGGAUCUUUUCCUCAGGAAUUAGUACGAAUCAGGUCUGACCGCGAUAAAAGCCUUUCUCUGCGGUACAGCGUCACUGGGCCAGGAGCUGACCAACCUCCAAUUGGUGUUUUCAUUAUCAAUCCAAUCUCAGGGCAGCUCUCUGUGACAAAACCUCUAGAUCGGGAACAGAUAUCCAAUUUUCAUCUGAGGGCACAUGCAGUAGAUGUAAAUGGAAACCAGGUGGAAAAUCCGAUAGACAUAGUGAUCAAUGUUAUAGAUAUGAAUGAUAACCGGCCUGAAUUCUUGCGUCAAGUUUGGAAUGGAACCAUUCCUGAAGGAUCAAAGCCAGGAACUUAUGUGAUGACUGUCACAGCUCUUGAUGAGGAUGAUCACAGACAACCAAAUGGCAUGUUGAGAUACAAGAUUGUUUCACAGACUCCAAACAGCCCAUCUUCCAAUAUGUUUACAAUCAACAAUGAAACUGGUGAUAUAAUCACCUUAGCAGCAGGAUUAGAUAGAGAGAAAGUGCAACAAUAUACAUUAAUAAUUCAAGCCACAGACAUGGAAGGGAACCCAACAUAUGGUCUCUCCAACACAGCAACUGCUGUCAUUUCGGUGACAGAUGUCAAUGACAAUCCUCCAGAGUUCACGGCAGUAGCUUUUUACGGCGAUGUACCUGAAAAUAGAGUUGAUGUUGUCGUAGCAAAUUUAACGGUAACUGACAAGGAUCAGCCACACACUCGUGCCUGGAAUGCUGUGUAUAAAAUUAUUAAUGGAGACUCUGCCGGAAGAUUCGCUAUUAAGACUGACUCAAACAGUAAUGAUGGACUUGUGACUGUAGUAAAGCCAAUUGAUUAUGAAACCAAUAGGAUGAUUGUACUUACAGUAGCUGCAGAAAAUGAAGAGCCUUUAAUCAAGGGCAUUCAUUACCCCGCCCAAUCAACAGCAACAGUUUCCAUUUCUAUUAUUGAUGUCAAUGAAGUUCCUUAUUUUUCUCUGGAUCCUAAGCGCAUCCGUCAGGAAGAAGGACUAGCAGCAGGAAGUCCUUUAACAACCUUUACUGCACAGGAUCCAGACCGUUAUAUGCAACAGACAAUUAGGUACUCCAAACUAUCAGAUCCAGCAAACUGGCUUAAAAUUGACCCUGUGACUGGACAAAUCACCACAAUAGCUGUCCUGGAUCGAGAAUCCAUGUAUGUUAAAAAUAAUUUAUAUAAUGCUACGUUUCUGGCUUCAGACAGUGGAAUUCCACCAAUGAGUGGCAGUGGAACAUUGGAAAUUUACUUACUUGAUAUAAAUGAUAAUGCUCCACACGUUUUUCCAAGAGAAGUUGAAAUAUGCGAAAGGCCAGACCCAAAUGCAAUUAACAUAACAGCUGUAGAUUCUGACAUUAGUCCCAAUGCAGGACCUUUCAUCUUUGAACUUCCUUACAGCCCAAUGGAUAUUAAAAAAAACUGGUCAAUUGUACGACUCAACGGUGAUCAUGCCCAACUUAGUUUAAAGAUUGGAUCCCUAGAGGAUGGCAUCUACAAUAUUCCAAUUCAGAUCACAGAUUCAGGAAAUCCUGCAAUGUCAAACACUUCAAUCCUCCGUGUAAAAGUAUGUUCCUGUGACAUGAAUGGAUACUGUAGUGGUGUAGCUCCAAUUGUUGGAACAGGUCUGGGUACAGGAGCUAUCAUUGCUAUUUUACUUUGCAUCAUCAUUUUGCUCACAUUAGUUUUAAUGUUUGUGGUGUGGAUGAAACGUCGUGACAAAGAACGUCAGGCCAAACAACUUCUCAUUGACCCUGAAGAUGAUGUCAGAGAUAACAUUUUAAAGUAUGAUGAAGAAGGAGGAGGAGAAGAAGAUCAGGAUUAUGAUCUAAGCCAGCUGCAGCAGCCUGAUACCAUGGAACCAGACUCGAUCAAACCUGUAGGAAUUCGACGUAUGGAUGAAAGACCAAUACAUGCAGAACCUCAAUAUCCUCUCCGGUCAGCUGCUCCUCACCCAGGCGAUAUUGGAGACUUUAUCAACGAGGGAUUAAAAGCAGCAGACAAUGACCCUACAGCUCCUCCCUAUGAUUCCCUGUUAGUCUUUGAUUAUGAAGGCAGUGGCUCCACUGCUGGAUCUCUAAGCUCCCUGAAUUCUACGAGUAGCGGUGGGGAACAAGACUAUGAUUACCUAAAUGACUGGGGCCCUCGCUUCAAGAAACUGGCUGAUAUGUAUGGUGGUGGAGAUGACUGAAUUUCGGAAUGAACUUAUGUUUUUUGGACAAGAACAAACAUUUGACCUGAUAUUCCCAAAAAGCGUAAAGAAGCUUGGCUUUAACUUUGUAGUCUACUAGCACAAGCGCUUGUUGAAGGCUUUGGCAUAGGCUGCAAACCAAUUUUGGGCUCAGUGGGAAUAUCAGUAAUCCAAUACUGUUUGGAAAAAUUGAUUGAGCUCAGUUACACUUGAAUUUUACAGUACAGAAGCACUGGGAUUUUAUGUGCCUUUUUGUACCUUUUUCAGAUCGGAUUUAGUUUUAUGUUCAACGCUUUAAUGGUACUGAUUUCUGAAAGGGUGAAAAGACAAGGUAUGUUUUUUUGUUGGGGGGGGUGACUUAGUAAUCAAGAUAUCCUUCAUCAUGCCUUUUUUUACAUUGCAUUGCUUUUGUUAAAUGAAAACUGGUAUAGAAAAAUCAAAUUUCAUUAGAGUAACCUUUAGCUGCAAAGAAGACCACGUGGGUGACAUGUACAGUGCAUUAUUUCUAGUUUUAGAUGUAGCGUUUUCUCAUUAAAAUUCUCAGAUUUUUACAGUUGGUCUCAUAUAAAGGGAGUUGUCAUAUUGCCAGAUUUUAGCAUAACUGACUUUUAUUUUCAUAGGAUUAUUGAAUUUUUCACAAGAUAGAGAAGCUAGGCACAUUUUGAUCUUAAUGUACACUUUUUUUUUUUUUUGGUUUGGACAACUUUUUCACUUCACUGUAAAAAUGGUAUGUGUACAUAAUGUUUUUAUCAGCAUAGUCUAUGAAGAAGUAUAAAAGCUUCAAAAACACGUGUAUGUAUUAUUUGGACUAUGAUUCAGGUUUUGCAUGUUUAUAUCUUUUUUUCUUUAUGGAUAAAGUAUUUACAAAACAGGUUAAAACACAAUUACGUUCAAUCAACAAAACUGUAGAUUCAACACACAAUUUGUUUUUUAUUGGUUUUGGGGAGGGUUAAAAAAAGUUCUUAGCACAAAUAUUUUACAUAAUUUGUACCAAAAAGAAAUAAGGGUAACCUGAUGCUGGUGGCACUAAUAAUACCUGUUAAAGGGGGUGGGAAGCUAUUACACUGGAGAGUUUGACAACUGUAUUGUGUACCAGAAUAUAAAUGAUGCACCUCUGACCCCCAACAUUCUGAAUAAAAUGCUAAUUUUGGAUCUGG